CAUUUAUACUAAGGGCCCGAAGGGCCCUGGAUUGUAGUUUCACCCCGGGCCCCUGAAAUUUCAGGACCGGCCCUGUCUCAGAGUCGGAUCCUGAGUUUCUUCUUAUAUACAACAUCGUAUGCAGCAAUUACCAAAGAUCGAGUUCUCCUUCUCCGUAAACACAACAAGACCAACGCUUGUAACCUACCCAUCGUCCUGCACCCCCCCUACUUUUGCCAUGGGCAACAGCGCACUUCUCUUCCAUGGCGAGUGCCAGUCCGAGACGUCGUCGACGUGCUCCACCGAGAGCGCCAUGUCGGCCCACAAUUUUGUGGUGCGUGAUUACCCGCUGCUCGAGGGCAUCAGCGCCGGCAAGUUUGUCAGGUCGAGCACAUUCAACGCUGGCGGCUACAUCUGGACGAUCAGGUUCUACCCCAACGGGGAGCUGAAGGACAGAUCUAGUGACGCGGCCUCAUGUUUUCUUUAUUGUGCCAACCCAGCGAAGGACGUGAGGGCACGGUACUCGUUAAACGUGUUGGAGAAAUUAGACGGGGAUGUACAGGUGACAACCUUCAGUUGCGAAGAGGAUACAUUUUCUCCAACACACUACAGUUGGGGGUAUCGCAAUUUCGUCUCGAGAUCGAAGCUUAAAACUUUAUCGGACGCCAACAAUGGCUGCUUCACGGUGAGAUGCGUUCUCAUGGUUAUACAUGAACCUCGAACGCGCAACAGGAGACCUAUCGUAGUGCCAGCGCCGAGCAUGCGGGAGAGCCUCGAGCACAUGCUCAUGGAUGGAGAAGGUGCAGAUGUGACGUUCAGCGUGAGCCACCAGCUGUUCAAUGCCCAUCGUUGUGUGCUGGCUGCACGUUCUCAGGUUUUCAAGGCCGAGCUCUUUGGUCCGUUGAAGGAAAAUACGACGCGGCACAUCGAGGUCGACGACAUGGAGCCCCAAGUCUUUGAGGUGCUUCUUCACUUCAUGUACACAGAUACUAUGCCAGAUGAUGAUGAAGACAAAGGCAAAAUUGAAAGGCUACAACACUUGCUUGUUGCUGCGGAUAGGUACGGAGUGGAUAGGUUGAAGGUCAUGUGUGAAGACAAGCUCUAUGAGGGCAUCAAUGUCGAGACGGUCGCGACCACGUUGCUUCUGGCAGAGCAGCAUCACUGCAAGGAUCUUAAGGAAGCUUGCAUUCAGUUUAUAAGUUCACCAUCGGAUAUACUACGGGCUGUCAUGGCCACCGAUGGAUUCAAGCAACUCGUAGCUAGUUGUCCUUUGCUCAUGGAGGAUAUACUAAAGAGUGUGUCCUACAACUAGAAUGUGAGGUGACUACUCACACUAGCAAGCAAAAUAUUAUGCAGUCAUGUACCGACCAUGUUAGAUUUUAGUCAUCUUUGUUUUACCACACUUUUUUUUGCGAUGAUGUUUGAC